AUGGCUGUUCCGCUUGUGUGCGCGCUCAACAAAUGCCCCAUCGAAUGGGGCUACGUACACUAUCAGCCCUCAGUCGGUGGAAAUGCUUUCAUUUGUGCAGCUUUUGGAUUGCUGGCUGCCCCGGCUCUCUACCUGGGUAUCACCCACAAAGUCAAGCUAUUCACGUUCUGCUUCGUGAUGGGACUGCUUGGUGAAGUAAUAGGAUACAUCGGGAGAAUACUUUUACACAACAAUCCGUUCAGUAAAGACUACUUCCUCAUAUAUUUGAUCUGCACGACUAUCGCGCCCACAUUUACUGCCGCCGCCGUCUACUUGACGCUAGCUCGGAUUGUGGUCGUGUAUGGGGAAGGGAUCAGUCGACUCCGCCCUCGAACGUACACGCUGCUCUUCAGUGGCUUCGAUCUCAUCGCUUUGGUGGUUAUUGCAGUAGGAGGAGGUAUGGCAGCCGUUGUAGUUUUGCAAUGGAAGAUCGAUCGUGGAACGCACAUCAUGGUUGCUGGCCUUGCGGUCCAGGUUGUCAGCCUGGUAGUCUUUCUUGCUCUUUGCUUCGAAUAUUCUCUACGAGUACGGAAAUAUCGGGGAGAGCUGAAUCCCAAGUACUCUGUUCUUCGUGAAACACCCCGUUUCAAACGAUUCUUGUACGCCCUCGCUACCGCAACUAUCUUACUGUUCGUUCGAGCCGUGUACCGAGUUGCAGAGCUUUCUGGCGGAUUCAGAGGCAAGCUCGCUCAAGAUGAGGUUUUGUUCAUGGUUCUUGACGGGGCGAUGGUCCUACUGGCAUGCAUUAUCUUGGUCGCAUUCCAUCCCGGACCAGCCUUUGGGGGUGUUUGGAAGGACGCAACUUUCCGCUGGGGUUCGAAAAAGCCAGUCGAUGAGUCGAUGAUGCACGAUAUUCCGACGGAGUCAGUUUCCUACAACGGAAAGCACUGA